CAGUCUUCUUCUUCUUUACCAUCAAAUGUCAACAGUCGCCUCCUCCGCCUCCGUCUUCCUAGUCCACCCUCCUUUUCCACCGUCGCCACCGCACGGUGGCAACCACUCUUACCUCACAACUCUAGGCUUUGGCUACUCCAUAGCCAUAGCUCUCGGUUUCCUCGUCCUUCUCUCAACCGUCCUUUUAUCCUCAUACAUCUGUUGCCGUGACUCUCGCCGCCGCACAACCGCCGUGGAAUCCGCAGGAGACCGUGGCGGAAGUGUAAUCCUUCCUCGCAUAAUCUUUGUCGCUGAAGAAGACAAUGAAGAUCUCGAAGCAGGUGAUGUCGUCGUGGGACUCGAUCAAGCCGUCAUCAACUCUUACCCUAAGUUCCACUUUUCCAAAGAUUCCUCCGCCGCUUCCUCUGAUGGUUUUGGUGGCGGAGGAGAUACGACGUGUUCGAUCUGUUUGUGUGAGUAUAAAGAAGCGGAGAUGCUGAGGAUGAUGCCCGAGUGUAAACACUACUUCCACUUGUGUUGUCUUGAUGCGUGGCUUAAACUCAACGGAUCUUGUCCCGUUUGUCGGAACUCGCCGCUUCCGACGCCGACAUCAACGCCUCUGUCAACACCUUUGUCGGAAGUUGUGCCGCUUUCACAGUACGCCGCCGAUCGGAGGAGAGCGAGAAGAUGAUAUUAUUAUUACAUAGAUCCAUUCGCCUAAUUAGGGUAAUUCCUAUUGAUUAAUUUUGCUCCGUUUCAUUACAACUUUACUGAUUUGUAAUUAAAAAAUCCGUCAAAAGUGGAGUUUGCCAUUAAUAUCAUCGAAAUGAAAUCUAGUCUGAAUC